CUUAAAAUAAACUAAGCGAACAUGUACGGCGUUCGAUCCGGCGAGGGGAGUGCCGUUCAACGAACGUACGAAAAUCCGCACUUCAGCAUGUAUUAUCCGAUGACUCAAGAGCCAUUCGCAUACGACGCGAAUUACAGCCAGAAUAUGCGCUACAGUGUUUAUCCAAGCCAUUUAACAUGUGAUAACAGUAUCGUUAAUAACUCGACAACGUCGAUCGAUGAGGCGAGAACGAGGCGAGAGAACGAACGGGCGAUCGAACAGUUCCUCCGGGAGACCGACUUGGAAACCCCCGAGCAGGCCAGCCGUAAGAGAAAGCCGUGCAAGAUCGCGACGAUGAGAAACGCGCUGGUGCUGGUGGCGAAAUUGAACAAGGAGCUCGAGGCUGUUUGGACGGAACUCAAGAGUAACGUCGAUCUGCCGAACGCGCAGUGGCGGGAGAAGAUCAGCGCCUGCGACGCCGCGAAACACGAGAUCUGUCAGAUCUUGCGCAGCUUGGAGGACGCGGAUUUCUUCAGCGAAGUGAAGAAGAGCCUGGAGAAGCGCAGGAAGAAACGAUUGAGGGAACGGUUCAAGCGGGAUAAGUGGCGGGAGGAGAAGGUGAUGAGGGAGGAGCGGAGGGCCGAAUUGCACGCGAAGGCCGACUCGUGGAUCAGGAAGGAGCAGGCGGUGAUCGAGCGCGAGAAACAGGAGGAGAAGCUGCGCAAGGACGCGGACAUGAUCCUGUCGGACGUGCGUGGCAAGAGAAACGACGCGCGCAAGUAUCUGGGGGUGUUGCUCGAGCUGCAGAAUUUGCGAAGGAUCAAGAUGAACAUCGCCCGGGCGAGAGGCGAGCACCUGUCCUCGGCGGCUGACGAAGCAUUCCGCAAUAUCAUCGACAAGCUGACGGAACAGUGGACCACCUUGGAUCGCGAGUAUUCUAUUGAGGAGCAGGGCCUGAAACUCAUGCUGAAGACGAACAACGAGAAGAGGAUCGAAAAGCAGAGCAGGAACGUAUUCGACGACUGGGAGAACGUGCUGUUUGGUAGAAAUAUAUCGGCCACCGAGCGAUGUUACGAGGACUUGGGUUACUUCAUCAUGACUCGUACUGCCUGGGACAAAUUCGUGAGCUCUGGGGACGACGCAACGACGAUUCCGGUUGGGUGGAUAGUGCCUGAGAAACCAUCCUCCGCCGCAUGGCAAAGGUGUCUCGCGAAGGAGAAUCCUUGAGUUCUCGAGUGAAUGGCGUGUGUCGACGCAUAAACUUACUUAAGGGAAACGGAAGAUUUGCUACGACCAUUUUGACAAUUAAAACAUGCGAAUUAAAUAUCC